CCAUCGCAAAAUAAAAAUUUCGUAAAUAAAUUUUGCCAAAUGGCAAGUUUUGCUGGCGAAGGAGAAAACAAUUCGGACGAAAACGACUCGAAUUCUAGCAUUUCGGACCCCGAUAGCGACACUAUGUUAAAAACAGAGACAGCUAGUAUUGUCCGCCAGUUUGUUUAUGACAGAUUCGAAGAGGAAAACGAGGCGAUAGACUCUACAAGUCAAGACGAAAUUCCGGUACUCGAAACGGCGAGACCAGACGCCUUGGAAGAACUGAGAAGCGUUCGCGAAGAAAAUGAGCCUGACUCGACUGCCGUGCGAGUUAGCAGACGCCUUCGGGAAAUCGGAGACGAAAUUCAAAAUAAGUACCAGGACGAGUUUCAGGAUAUGAUAAACCAGUUAAAUUUAACGUCUGCUAAUGCGUACAAGUCUUUUGCCGAAGUCGCCCGAAGGUUGUUUAAGAAUGGAAUAACAUGGCAUCGUAUUGUGGCAUUGUUGUGUUUUGGUUAUGAGAUUACGAAGCAUGUGUUGCGAAAUGGACUCGCUGGAACGUACAUGAGGAAAAUAUAUCAAUUGAUUGUUGAUUUUAUUGUCAACGAGAGAAUCGCAGCAUGGAUUGCCCAGCACGGGGGAUGGGUCAGUUCACAUUUGUAGUUUUAUUUUCAAGCUCCCCCCACACACAUUGCCCCCAUUGUGAACAUUUUUCAUUUUGAAUGCUUAUUCUACAUAUUGUGAUUUCGAUAUUGAAUAGACUUGCGUAAACGACAUAUCGAAACUGAUUUAGAAGAUGUUAUCAGCCGUUCCAGGAAAGAUCCACACUCGACCCAUAGAGGAAAUUAAUAGCAAGUGUAUUAGGACAUUCGAAGGGGGUUAACAUACAAUUUCCUCUUUGGUGGAGUACAGGUGUUUUCUGGAAUUAUGACCAACAUUAAUUCGUCAAACUUGUUUUGCCGAGAUCCUGCUUGAAAGAGACCAGACUUCACUUACUAUCAUUUGCCGUGUUUGUAGAGAUGAUGGCGGAAAAUAGCCAAUAACCUUGUACAUAAUGAUGUCACAAGGCUUGAUGCCCACAUGGAAUGCUAGUGUUAAAAGUCGUCGCGAGGAAAAUUUCAAUAGUGGCCAUUUUGAAUUGUUUAAUUUUCCUAGGUAAUGACUACUAAGACCAGCAUUCCUCAUGGGUAUCAAAUCUGACAUCAUUAUGCAUAAGGUUUACUAAGUUGCAAUGUGCCAUACUUUAUUAUUUUACUCUGUCUAAUGCCGAACAAUUUUCCUGGUGAAAGGGAGAAUUCUGGUGCUCAGUGGGUUAUGAACUGUCAAGACAAUGUCAAAAUUAUCCCAGAAUGACAAAUUCAUCCUCUUUUUUGGGCAGUCUCUGGGCCAGUGCAUGUUUCUAUAAGCAGCUCCUUAAUCUACUAAAUCCAAUUCCCAAUGGCAUACACUGACAAUAUUGCUGUGAGCAAUACUUUUAUUCUGGCAAAAAAAUAGAUAUUCUCAUUGAAAGAGGAGAGUAUGGUUACCCUGAGCUGUCAAUGCUUCCUAAUAUUGUUGUACCAACUAAGUUGCACCAUACUUUGUUGCACCAUACUGUUUGCACCAUACUUUAUUAUUUUAGUCCUAAAACCAGAGUCAUGGGGUUGUUUGUUUCAAAGGCUGCACAGAAAUAUCAGAUUUAUUUCUCGUGUUGAACAUGAUAUCGAGAGUCAGCGCAGCAAACGAGUGAGAUAUUAGCGAGGUUAAGAUGUACCAAAUCUACAACGUGGACGUGACAUAAAAACUGUUGCUAAUGUUUGGAAUCCAGUUUUAUUUUGCUUCACUAGUGUGUGUCUGACUUUGCUUAUCAACUGGAGGCCAUAAUUUUUAUCUGUGUACUGAAACUGUGGGAAUAGUUAGUUUUUCUUCAUGUCUGCGUCGUAGAUUUGGUGCAUCUUAAGCUCGCUAUUGUGUUCAGCACGAGAAAUAAAUGUGGUAUUUCCAAGCAUCCAUGUAUGUUUCUGUUUAUUAUAUAAAGGGCAGUCUUUGAAAAGCGAUAAUUUUCACAUGUGAAAUCAUAAAUAAUCUCACAUGUGAGAUCAGUUUUAAGCAGUGAAAAGCACUAUACUUUACAUAAUAAUUAAUGUUAAUUUUUAUUUUUUUAGCUUGGGUUCCUGGCAGAUUUUCGAUUGAGUGAGCCAAGUUGGUCUACGGUCGCUGCAGUUCUGGCUGUUGGAGUAUUAUGCCUACUUUGGACCAUGAGAACCGCUGAAAAAUAACCAGCUACCAUGUAUAUGCAAUUUUAAAUUCAGCAAAUAUUAACAAUAUGAAAGCUUUUAAACUCACUGACACUAUAGUCUUGUUUACAUCAAUAGUUUUUAGAUAGUGUGUUAUUUUAAACAGUUUUCUAUACUGGUUGACAAUGUAUAAAAAAAUUUAUACUUAAUAUAAUAGCCCAACAAGCUUUUGUGGUUGUAAAAUAAUUGUUUGAGUUGUUACUCUGAGUGUAUAUCCACACUGGGCAAGCUUGAAAAAUAUGCCUGGCCAUGAUGGAAAUCGAACCUGCGACCUACUUGGAAUACUAACCCAAUGCUCUGCCAACUGAGCUAUGCGGUCAGGUCGGUUUGAGUAUGUGGUAUUUUUCAGAACUGAGUCUAGUUCCUUUGAUAUCAACUAUUUUUUCUGUGUUAGUGCUGGUAUUCCAAAGGUCGUAGGUUUGAUUCUCAAAGAUAAAAAGUCAUAUCUUCAUGUCGCUGUGUAAUAUCCUCUAUUUCAGUUUAUAUUACUUCAGAGCAGUGACUUGUCUCAAUUUUGUGUACAUGCUUCCAAAUACAAGCUUACAUGCAUAAAAAUCUCAGAACUUGUCAACAAGAAAUGUUCGCACUGCUUGUUCCCAGUAUGUCAAGUCUGCAACACGUUAUCAUCUUGUUGCAAGGUUGACGAGGCCAACAGACUUGCAACAAGUCUGCAUGUAACAAGUUGAAGAUCAAUAAAUUGUGGAAACAAAAUGUUUUUAAAAGUACAUUAAUUAACCAAAAAACUGUCAAUGUCUCCAUUUAACCCACUGAGUCAUAGUGUGCCCUACUUAUCCUUUUACUUGUCUUGCUCUGCAGCUUUGGGUAUUACACUAAAAUGCACAAUUGGGAUUUUCAAAAAGACAAUGGAAUAUUUUGAUCACCAGAUCAUGACUGGUAAUUAAAAGAACAUCCAUCAAUCAUUGCUCACACUUUUAUAAUUUAAACCCACCACCUUUCAUAAUUUAAACAUAUUUCCAGACAACGUAAGCAACAACAGGCAUAACAAAGCCUGUUAGUAAUGCAGACACAAAGUUAACACCGUGAUUACUUAAGAUCGCUCGUCCACAAAUAUGCUUUGUAGUUGACGAAGGCUCGUGUACAAUCCGUCUCUGAACGUCACAAUACCCGGAAUAUUGUAAUUUUGCCCCAAUUAAUGAGUCAAUUAACGAUCCAAUUAGCCCACCCAGCAGUCCAGUUACAACUAUAGGCCACUGGGAUGGGUACUUAUCAAGUGUCAUGUCAUAAGUCAUUAUUGCAACCAUGGUAACAUAAUACGCAACACCAACUAUGGUACCACCUACUAAACUGGCAAUGGUACCGACUAUCGUAACCCCACCAUUAGUACCAACUGGUACCAAACGAAGAGUCGUUAUCAAACGAGGACUGGUACCAUACACCGAUCCGAUCUCUGAUGCCCAUGUGUCGCCACUGCUACAUGCUAUAGAGCCGAGAACAGCCACCGAGAAGAUCGAGGCAUUAAACUCGUGAGCAAAGUCAAUAGGUUGUUCCCGACAACCAACGUCAACAAGAUACAACACUGAUGCAGCAACUGCAACUCCACCAUUACAAACAACUUGCACCAAGUUCCGUUGGCCACCU